GUCGCAUGUGGGGAGCGCGCUCGGAUUAAAGCCACGAUCUUUUUAAACGGCGCCGGUCAGCGUGACGCACGGGAGAGCGGAGAGGAGGCGCAGCGCGAGCGGACCCACGUUGGAAUAGAGCCAGUGUGCACACACACGCGCACACAGCGGAGGGAUCACCCAAGUUUGAGAUGCUGUAAGAGCUCGCCGUGUGUGCGCGCGCGCGGGGAGGAUGAUGCCGUCCUCACAGUUGUGAUCACUUUGGACUGAACAAUAACGAGAACAAGCGUUUUGGAUGUUUUUUAUUUAAGAUUUAAAAAAUUAAAAAAAGGUCACGCGGACGCAGCGAGAGAUUCUCGGCGCGAGAGCAGCGGAACAAAAGCGUGCGCCAAAUCUGGGUAAACACGUGUGACGGACGGUACUGACGGUGAGCACCGACCCCGCUGAUAGGAUCACAGACGGCGGGUGGAUUCUGGAGUGUGAUUUCAUUGUGAGAUAUAAUUUUUUAUUUUUACAUAUAUAAUUAUUGUGCGUGGAGGGUUAGGGUGAGGGUCUAAUCCAAGGUGGCGCAUCUUUCUCGCCGGCUGCGCGUAAUGGGAGAAAAGUUUCGGACCUUGCAGAGGAGAUCGCACGCGCAGCAUCCCGCCGCCGACGACCACCACCACGCGCUCGUGAAUACCAUGUGAAGACCCCGCUCGCGUGAAGUUUGAAAAGUGAGAUCCAACUCGUUCAGUAUGACUUGAGACCGGAACUCGCUUCGAGAACCGAGUCACCGACCGACUGGUCCCAAAGCGCGGAGACACGGACAUUAAGGAUCGGAAGAGGAUUUCUGCAGCAGCGCGAGCCCGAUCCCAGAGAGAGAGAGAAAGAGAGAGAGAGAGAGAGAGAGGGCGAGAGAUUCCCCCUGGAUGUCUAGGAUGGAGUGCCGGCUCGGGCGGAGGUGUGUGAUGGAGGUGGUGCUGCUGGCCAUCCUGUCCUGGGUGUCCGUGUGGGCGGAGGAGAAGAUCAUAUUUGACCGGCACGCGGUCUACUGGAACAGCUCCAACCCCAAGUUCUGGCACGGCGAGUACCGGGUGGCGGUGAACAUCAACGACUACCUGGACAUCUACUGUCCUUACUACGAGGGCCCUCCGUCCCACGGGCGCAUGGAGCGCUACAUCCUGUUCAUGGUCAACUACGAGGGCUACACUUCCUGCCAGCACCGGAUGCGCGGCUUCAAGCGCUGGGAGUGCAACCGGCCCAGCGGGCCCGACGGGCCGCUGCGCUUCUCGGAGAAGUUCCAGCUCUUCACGCCCUUCAGCCUGGGCUUCGAGUUCAGGCCCGGGCACGAGUACUACUACAUCUCGUCUCCUCACCCAAACCACGUGGGGCGAGCGUGUCUAAAGCUCAAGGUGUAUGUCAGACCUCCAGAUGGGUCGGGAUACGAUUCCCCGGAGCCCUUCCUGACGGACGGAGGUCCGCGCUGGAGGCCGGGGUCCACGGUCCUGGUCGCUCUUCUGGCCUCACUGCUCCCAGGACUCUCCUCCUGGCUGUGAACCCUCCCCCACCCCUCUUCCCCCACCCUCCCACCUCCUCCUGGAGCUCCCACCCAGGGCCGCUGGGCUGGGCUGGCUGUCCCUCGAAAAUCGACCACCCCUCAGGGAAGCCCUCUGUCUCCGUCCCCGCCUCCCUCCCUCCCUCCCCCUCCCCACCCUUCUCUCUCCCACCUCCACCUCCUAAUACGACCACCCCCCCAAACCCCCCACACACACUGCCAGCCCCCCUCCGUGGCCCAGCAAACGGACACACUGCUCCCCGGAUUGGCUGAGAGGGGUUUGGGGUUUCUUGAGCCGUCGCUUCAUCUCCGAUGCAGCUGGAAGAAAAACACAAGGGGAAACGUCUCUGCACUCAUAUCAGGGGGAGGGGGGGGGAGGGGGGUCCUUUUGAUUUGUCUAUUGACUCUCGGGCCGCUGACGGGGUAGACGUAGCCGCGGCUAUGAUUAAACUUGUCGUUUCUCGGUGCAAUUCCUCAUCAUCCAAUCACGAACAGGAUGCGUUAAGCGAUAGGCCUGGAUGCACAACAAAAUUAAACUUUUUUUCUCACAUUGCUAUCCUAUCGAAAAACAUGCAUGGGAAGCGACCGAGCUCACGUUGUAAUUGGAGUUCUGUACACGACCUGGACCGGUUGCAACGACGACAACAACAACGAGAGGAAAAUAAACGUAGAGGAGGAGAAAAGAGAGAAAGGGAAAACAAUGCGGGGGACAUAUUUCAAUAAAUACGAUCGUUAUGGCUAAAUGUAAAUGUGUGUCGACAUGUUCCAGACGCAGUGUGUGUGUGUGUGUGUGUGUGUGUGGAGACGCAGUAAUGUGAUGCACACAUCCUGCAGUUUGUCAUUUUUAUGUUUUUUGGUUGUUUUUUUAUGAGAAGCUAAGAUAUCACAUUCUAAUGACAAGUAUAAUCAUAGGCUGUUUCAGUGGGAGGGGGGAGGGUGUGUGGGUGUGUGUGUGUG